AAUUUCACAGAACGGAACUUCAUCCUAGGACAGGUGUGCGGUGCAAGAUUUCACAACAAUGAAUAACAAAAAAGGCUGCUGGCUGUAAUCAUCACUGUGAGUGUCAUUGCAUGCAGUGCUCAAGGAAUGUCCUUUACUCUUGACAAAGAACGCUGGAUUUCCAAGAACUGGGAGGACCAACCUUUGGUGGAUCCAUUAGUGAGUGAAGUGGCAAGCCUAAUCAAGAGAUCCAAAGCACACCAGUUCUACGGUCUAAUGGGAAAACGCUGGUCUAGUGCUGCUAUUCCUCCACGUAGGAGAUUGGGUCAGAAAAGAAAGAAAGGAGAGAAGUUUGUUGGACUCAUGGGUAGAUCAUUAAGAGGAGAUACAUUCACAAGAAUAAUCCCAGCUGAGACGAGCACGAGUACAGCUAUGCAAUCAGACCAGCAAUCAGAUUUCCAAGAGGAAUGGACCAGUCCUCAAUAUUACUGAUGGUCAUGAUACACUGUGUGAACAUUUUCAUAUUUAGAAGAAAGCAUAAGCAUCCUUAUGCAUAUAUGUAAU